CCGACCUGUACUGUACACUACUUGCUAUAAGACAGUACAGUGCCUAAUAGUUAGUUACUCUUCACUGACCAUGACCUAGUAGUCUUCCCAACAACAAUAACAACACCCACCCACACUCCCUACCUUCAGCCUCCAUACUCACUCAUCACCAACCCUCCAGGACACCUACCACAAAAUGCCCCCCCCAAACAAAUACGCCAUCCGCCCCGCCACCGAACCCGACGCCCCGCACCUCGCGCACAUCAACAUCACUGCCUUCGAGCCCACCCCCUUCUGGCGCAACCUGUUCCCCGCCCUCGACCGCACCGCCACCUACCCGCUCAAGCUCGCCCGCACCCUCACCAAGCUCGCCGACGGCGCCUCCCACCUCCUCGUCGCCGAGGAUGCGUCUACCGGGCAGAUCGUCGGCUACGCGCGCUGGACGGUUCCCGGCCCCCCCGCCCACCCAAGCUCCGGUGAACUCUCCCCCGAAAACCAGCACCUCGUCACCACCUUCCGACAGGCCGGGGCCGGGGCCCUUCCCCCCGGCACCAACCUGGCAGUCCACACCCGGUUCUGGGGGGAAUUGGAGCGGUUGAAGGCGAAGUAUCUGCGGGAGGGGGAUUUUGUCCUCGAAUUCCUAGCGACGCUACCCGAAGCACAAGGCCAAGGCGUGGCGUCGGGCUUGCUGCGGUGGGGAUUGGAGCGGGCGGAUGCGCGGAAUGCGCGGGUGUAUCUGGAGGCGACGGAGGAAGGGUACCCCGUUUAUCGGAAGUAUGGGUGGCGGGAUCUUGAGGUGUUGGAGUUGGACUUUGCGGAGCUGGGAGGGCGGAGCGAGCGGCAGCGGUGGGUGAUGAUGAUGCGGGAGAGGAGGGAUCCUGUGGGGGAGGGGGCGGUGGAGUUGAGGAAUUGAAGUCUUGAAGGACUCAGGGGGUGCGAUUUGGGGUUUGGAUCCUGUAUAUAGCUUGUUGACCUCGUGUUGAGGUCAAGGGUGGGCGGUAAGUAGACUAGAGAGUUUGGCUCUGGAUUAGAUCCUAUCCAAUUCAUGAGGUUGGGCAGUUGUCCCGCCAAGAGG